AUGAGGACACAUUUUAUAUCUUUUUAUGAACAAAGCAAUCAUAGUUCGCUUUCACAAGGAACAGCUAGUGACUUAAGCGAGAACAUAGGUCCAAAUUUAAACGACUCUGACUUAACAGCCUAUUACGAUCGAUUUGUUCGACCGUAUAAAGAAAAAGGGGUUGAACGAGACCCUACAUAUUUUCAUUAUAUUAAUAACCUUCCAGGAAAAGUAAAGAUAAUUCCAGAUAGAAGUUUCAGAAAAUUCUUUGAAACCAAAAAUAAAAGAAAAUGGGGCAAAAAAUAUCCACCAGAAGACUAUCCACUAGAUGUUAAAACUAUCGAAAAUAAUAUGUUGAACUUACUUAAACCAGGGCAAAUUCCAGGAUUUAAUCCGGCAGAAUUUGGCUUAGACGAUGAGAAAAAAUCAUAUUCAACGUCAUCUUCCAAUACAGCAACUUUGGACGGAGAUGAUCGGACACAUGAGAAGAAAAAAAAAAAGAAGCAUAAACAUGAAAGUAAUUAUGAUGAGAAAAAAAGAAAACAUAAACAUGAUAAAGAACACAAAAAACGAAAAAAAGUUG